CUCGUCCACGCUCGCUCGGCGUCCCCGGCGAAAUGCACCCCAAAACCCCCCACCUCCUCUUCUUCCUGGCGGCCCUCGCCGCCGCCGGCGGAAGGACCGCGGCGGCGGCGGCCACCACCCUGACGGCCACCCCGGCCAAGCUCACGGAAUCCGACAGCUCGAUCACGAUCCGGUGGUCGGACCUCCCGGACCCGGACGCCCUCGACCACGUGGCGAUCUACUCCCCGCCUUCCUCCCCCGACCGCGACUUCCUCGGCUACCUCUUCCUCAACGGCUCCUCCUCCUGGCGCGGCGGGCACGGCGAGCUCUCCCUGCCGCGCCUCCCGAGCCUCCGCGCCCCCUACCAGUUCCGCCUCUUCCGCUGGCCCGCGAAAGAGUACUCCUACCACCACGUCGACCACGACGGCAACCCGCUCCCCCACGGCCGCCACCGCGUCGCCGCCUCCGCCGACGUCUCCAUCGCCGCCGCACGCCCCGAGCAGGUCCACCUCGCGUUCGCCGAUGGCGUCGACGAGAUGCGGGUGAUGUUCGUGUGCGCUGACCAAGGGAAGAGGGCUGUGAGGUAUGGGCUGGAGAAGGAAGAGAAGGAGGAUUCCUGGGUGGAGGUGGGCACGGAGGUGAGGACGUAUGAGCAGAAGCACAUGUGCGACUCGCCGGCGAACGAUAGCGUCGGAUGGAGGCAUCCGGGCUUCGUCUUCGACGGCCUCAUGAAGGGGUUGCAGCCUGGAAGGAGGUAUUUUUACAAGGUUGGUAGUGACUCGGGAGGAUGGAGCAAGACAUACAGCUUUAUUUCACGUGACAGUGAGGCUAAUGAGACUAAUGCUUUUCUCUUUGGUGACAUGGGCACUUACGUACCUUAUAACACCUACAUCCGCACACAAGAUGAAAGCUUGGCAACUGUAAAGUGGAUCCUCCAUGAUAUUGAAGCCCUUGGUGAUAAAUCUGCAUUUAUCUCGCACAUUGGGGACAUCAGUUAUGCCAGAGGCUAUUCUUGGGUAUGGGAUCAUUUCUUCAGCCAGAUUGAGCCUAUUGCUGCAAAUACCCCAUACCAUGUCUGCAUAGGGAAUCAUGAGUAUGAUUGGCCUUCACAACCGUGGAAACCAUCAUGGGCUACAUAUGGAAAGGACGGUGGAGGCGAAUGUGGGAUACCAUACAGUGUCAAGUUCAGAAUGCCUGGGAAUUCUAUUCUACCUACUGGCAAUGGGGCUCCUGACACGCGGAAUCUCUAUUACUCCUUUGAUUCAGGCGUCGUGCAUUUCGUGUACAUGUCGACCGAAACUAACUUCAUUCAGGGCAGCGAUCAACACAAUUUCCUAAAAGCUGACCUUGAGAAGGUGAACCGAAGCAGAACUCCAUUUGUUGUGUUUCAGGGCCACCGGCCCAUGUAUACCUCAAGCAACGAAGUCAGGGAUGCUGCUAUGAGACAGCAGAUGAUCCAGCAUCUGGAGCCAUUGUUGGUGACAUAUAAUGUGACUCUUGCACUCUGGGGGCAUGUCCACAGGUACGAGAGGUUCUGCCCCAUGAAGAACUAUCAGUGUCUCAACAUGUCGUCAAGCUUCGUAUACCCUGGUGCCCCUGUUCACGUUGUGAUCGGGAUGGGUGGUCAAGACUGGCAACCGAUCUGGCAACCGAGGCAGGACCACCCAGAUGUUCCCAUCUUUCCACAGCCUGGGAGUUCCAUGUACCGUGGUGGCGAGUUUGGGUACACAAGACUCGUCGCUACAAGGGAAAAGCUAACACUGAUCUAUGUCGGGAACCAUGACGGACAGGUACAUGACAUGGUGGAGAUAUUCUCUGGAGAAACAUCUACAGAUGCUAGCGCUGCCAAUUCGGUCGAUGAAACAAAGCUCAGUUCGGGAGUCAGCACCAAGUUGAAGAUCUCCCCGCUAUACCUGGAAAUUGGAGGCAGCGUGAUGUUUGCCCUGAUCCUUGGUUUUGCUAUCGGAUUUCUUGUCAGAAAGAAGAGAGAAGCUGCACAGUGGACUCCGGUAAAGAAUGAGGAAUCCUAAGUAUGAACAAAUAGUGUCUCUUUGAUACAAAUCAUAUCUUUCGAUCGCGAGUCAUAUUUAUGGGACUGCCUCUCAACACUGCUGUUAUUUCUCAGACACUGUAUGUAUAGUAGUUGUCUUAAGAUGUUGCUCCCUGUUGUAUACGCCAGUCUUGGGGCAAUAUAGGUUUCAGUCUCCAUUGUACAAUAGUUAUUUGAAUAAGUGACACGGUCUUUACAUGUAGAAAAAUUGUACCACAAUGUAACACGAUUCAUUUAUGUAGUAUUUGACUUGGCAGCCAAGGGUAUAAAUGACCAUUCCCAUGUCUUCUUCCA